AUGCUCGAGGACCAGCCACAAGACUUGCAAUUGGAAAUCUCUCAACUCGAGGCGCGUCUUCAUGAUUUACGCAGCCAAGUAGACGGGACCAAUUAUCCAGUCGAGAAGACACAGACACAGACACAAUGGACAACAGGUAAGCCACUUCCAACCUUUACAAUGACAAAUUCCAAUCGGAAUCAAUCCGAUCCUCUCUUCACGCUCUCCUCCUUCUCUCCGACUCCGCCCUUCCAUUGGGCUCAUUCGCAUACUCCAGCGGGCUGGAGUCCUUACCUCGCACAUAAUAAGCCUCAGCGCACAAACCCAGCAUCAUCAUUCCACCGCUUUCUUAAAUUAUCCAUUGCCUCAAUCGCAAGCACAUCUCUUCCCUACGUGCUAGCCGGGUACCGACACCCCGAAACCAUAGAAACUCUCGAUAACGAUCUCGAUGCCUCCACGCCAUGCAUUGUAGCGCAGCGCGCCAGUGUCGCCCAAGGCCGUGCCUUGAUUGGAGUGUGGGAGCGUGCAUUCCGAGCUAGUUUCGCCGCUCCUUCACGAAUCACCGAUACCGGCGCGCAGGUCGCUGCCUCAUCUAUCGAUGAUUUCUCCGAUAUGCUCAAAUCCGAUAUGGGCGAGGUUGAUGAAUAUGAUAUGGGACCUAAGGGUCACUUUGCCCCACUUUGGGGAGUAGUCUGUCGUGCUAUGGGACUGGAUCUCCAGCAGACGGCCUAUAUCUUUAUUCUGAAUCACGCUAAGGCUGUGCUUAGUGCUGCUGUGCGCGCUUCUGUUAUGGGUCCUUAUCAGGCGCAGAAUAUUCUAGCCAGUCAAAGUUUGCAGGAUACUAUUAUGGCGAGAAUUAAGCGCGAGUGGAACACCUCGGUUGAAGAGGCUGGUCAAGUCGUACCUGCAUUAGAUUUGUGGCCGAGCACAACAGCGCCUUUCGAAACCCAGGGUAUCCAAGGACGCAAAAUCAUUCGCUCAGCGCCCCAGCGUCCGAAAAAUGAAAAUGAAUGGGGAAAAAAAGGAAACAAGAAGAACAAGAAUAUCCGCCAUGGCGUUCAUAGGUCUCGCCUAACAGUAUCAAAGGAACAUAGUCCUCAAGGACGCCGCAUCAGUCAUCAAACGCCAACCCCCAACCUAACCCUAAAGACAAACCCACCAACACCACACUAUGAACCGUUCCGAAGUGACCACUGA